AUGUUUGUUCCCUUCCCUACAAUCAACUUUUUGACAAUCCUGUCUUUUCUCUUCAUCAUUGUGUCUGGAAAUCCUAUCAAGCGCAGAGAGGAAGAAGCUACAGGAGUGAGAAUAUCAGGUCUUUUCGGUCUCUUUACUACAGUUGCUACUUCUGCUUUGACGACUGGUGAACAAGUCGGUAUCGUCAUCCUCUCAAGCCAAACCAUCUACAUCCAAGAACCCAACAAUUUACCCGCCACAGAAUGGGGCGUACCGGAGCCCACACGCUCCAGCUCCAGCUCCAGCUCCUACGCAGCUGGAGCUGUUGCUGUGACUGGCACAUUUGGGAAUACACCAUAUAGUUUUCCUACCUCUGGUUUCCCUGCCGCGAGCACGCAGGUUGAUGCUUCUUCGUCUGAAGCUUCUUUUACUGAUGCUCCGGCUCCGGCUCCUGCUUCUGCUUCUUCAUCCGAAGAUUCUUUCACCGAGACUCCUGCAUCUUCAUCUGCAUCAGCAUCAACGGACUCAACACUGAUCCUAACACCCAUCAUCGAAGACGAACAACAAAGCGCCGCCACAACAACAUCAUGCAACCCCGCCAUUGCAGGCGUAACAAUCCCCGCUAGCGCUCUCACAACCGGCGAAUACGUCGCAGUGGAAGUUCUCUGCGAGGAAACAAUCUACAUCCAAGAGCCUAAUUUCUAUCCCACCAAGACCUGGUAUGGUAUCUCCGCCUCCUGGACACUAAAUACCACGGUCACCACAGCCACAUCUACAUCCACGAUGUGCAAUACCACAGUUGCCGGUGUUACUAUUCCCACCAGUGCCCUCACGACCGGAGAACUCGUCGCUGUGGAAACUCUUUGUGGCGAGACGAUCUAUAUUCAAGAGCCUAAUUUUUAUCCCACCAAGACUUAUUACGGUGUUUCCGAUGCUGCUUCGACGAGUAUGACUACAACUUCUGCAACGAGUGCAUCUCCAUCAAGCAUGACUAUGGAUGUUGGAUCGCAGGUACUGAAUGCCCGCGCCGGAGAUGGUGUACCGUUUUUUGCGAAUAACAUGCCGACUUCUCUGCGUCAUGUGAAUGCGAAUCGGAUUCAAAGUGUUGCAAGUGGUGGUGCUGAGGCUUUUGAGUAG